AUGAUUCAAGAUUGCAUUAUAAAAUAUUAUUGUUAAAUUUAAUUAAAUUAAAUAACUUGUAUAACUAAUUAUAAUAAUCUAACUCUUAAAAGAUUUAAGGAAAGAUUUAAAUUUGACUAGGAAUACUUCUAUAAAAUAUAAAGAAUCAUAUGACAUUUUUAAUGCUGCAAAAUAAUUAAUUAUCCAAAAAUUGAAUUCAAUAAGGUGUGCUUGGUAUGAGAUUGAGAAUAAAAAUUUUUAUAUAACAAUAUACAUGUAUAAAAAUUAGUUUGAUUAAAUAAACAGAUAAUUAAAUAAAAUAAAAAUUAGAAUAAGAAGAAUAGGAAAGAGAAGGUAAAUUUAGAAAGUAUUUUUUAGAGAGAAACAUAAGAAGCACAAGAAAAUGUUGAAAUGA